UUUUAGAAGUUUCCCAACUGUUUGGGUUACAGAUAAACAGAUCCAGACUUUGACCUCUGUCUGUUUAAAACCAGCCUGACUACUGAGCAUCACACACAUUCUGACACACAGACUUCUGAUCGUUUGCCUGCCUUUCAGAACCUCUGGACUGAACCAUGAGUUCUUGCGUGACCCUGUCGUCAGGGCAUAAGAUUCCCCUGGUGGGGCUGGGAACAUGGAAGAGUGCCCCUGGACAGGUGAAGCAGGCGGUGCUGACGGCUCUAGACUGUGGCUACAGACACAUUGAUUGUGCUGCUGCGUACAGUAAUGAGCAGGAGGUCGGGGAGGCACUGGCUCUGAGGCUGGGACCAGGAAAGGCCCUGCGUCGUGAGGCUGUAUUUCUGACCUCUAAGCUGUGGAACACCCAGCAUCACCCUGACGAUGUAGAGACAGCCUGUAGGAAGAGUCUAAUACACCUGGGACUGAACUACCUGGACCUCUACCUCAUGCAUUGGCCCAUGGCCUUCCAGCGUGGGACAGAGCUGAUGCCUAAGCGGGCCGAUGGGAGUGUGUGUUACGAUGACAUACACUACCAGGAAACCUGGGUUGCCAUGGAGAGCCUAGUUGAUAAGGGGCUGGUCCGAGCCAUCGGUCUGUCCAACUUCAACGCCAGACAGACAGACGAUAUCAUCAGCAUCGCCAAACACAAGCCUGUAGUCAACCAGGUGGAGUGUCACCCAUACCUGUCCCAGGCUGAGUUGCUGAGUCACUGCAGGUCGGUAGGUGUAUGUGUGACGGCCUACAGCCCCCUGGGUAGCGGUGACAGGCCCUGGGCCUCGCCUGAUGAACCCUGCCUGCUGCAGGAUCCUGGACUGGGGGCUAUCGCCCUCCGCCACAGCAUGACCCCUGCUCAGGUCAUACUCAGGUGGCAGGUACAGAGAGGGGUAGUCUGCAUCCCCAAAAGUGUCACCCCCUCCAGGAUCCAGCAGAACAUACAGGUGUUUGACUUCUCUCUGUCGGAUGAAGACAUGAAGCAGAUGGAGUCAUUCAGCAGAAACGAGAGGUACAUCGUCCCAUCUGUGAAGAGGGACGGAAAGAGAGUGUGGAGGGACGCAGAGCACCCCCAUUUCCCCUUCAAUGAGCCGUACUGACCCCACAUCUAGACACAGAUCAACUGACCCUACGACGAGACAGAUCUACUGACCCCACAUCUAGAGACAGAUCUAUUGGCCCCACAUCUAGAGACAGAUCUACUGUUCCCACAUCUAGAGACAGAUCUACCGACCCCACAUCUAGAGACAGAUCUACUGACCCCACAUCUAGAGACAGAUCUACUGACCCCACAUCUAGAGACAGAUCUACUGACCCCACAUCUAGAGACAGAUCUACUGACCACACAUCUAGAGACAGAUCUACCGACCCCACAUCUAGAGACAGAUCUACCGACCCCACAUCUAGAGACAGAUCUACCGACCCCACAUCUAGAGACAGAUCUACCGACCCCACAUCUAGGGACAGGUCUACCGACCCCACAUCUAGAGACAGGUCUACCGACCCCACAUCUAGACACAGAUCUACCGACCCCACAUCUAGAGACAGAUCUACCGACCCCACAUCUAGAGACAGAUCUACCGACCUCACAUCUAGAGACAGAUCUACCGACAGAA